AUUGUCAUCGGCCUGUCACCGCAAAGUAAAAAAAGCAAAAAGCUGUCAGAGUGGGCGGUUUUUCUUUUUUGUGACAAUAAAUAUGACGCUACCCGAAUUUUUUGGUUGUACACUGAUUGCAUUUGGCACACCGUUUGCACUGUUUGUGCUCACUAUUGCCAAUGACUCCAUGCGCAUCAUAAUGCUCAUAGCAGCCGCCUUCUUUUGGCUGCUUUCGUUGCUGUUGUCGUCGAUGCUGUGGUUUGCGAUUGUUCCUCUGCGUGAUGUACUGGCCUUUGGUGUGGUGUUCUCUGUGCUCUUCCAGGAAUGUUUUCGCUACAUCAUCUAUCGCAUUUUGCGCAGCACAGAGCAAGCAUUGCACGCCGUGGCUGAGGACACUCGGAUCACGGAAAACAAGCAUAUUUUGGCCUAUGUUUCAGGGCUUGGAUUCGGGAUCAUAUCGGGUUUGUUUGCGCUGGUUAAUGUGCUGGCUGAUAUGACUGGACCUGGCACAAUGGGUCUCAAGGGCGGCUCUGAAAUAUUUUUCGUCACCUCGGCUGUCCAAGUGCUUUCAAUUGUCCUGUUGCACACAUUCUGGAGCGUCAUCUUCUUCAACGCUUUUGAUACAAAUAACUAUCUACAUAUUUUCUACGUAGUUGGCUCACAUCUUUUCGUCUCCCUGUUGACGCUACUGAAUGCGGAUGGCCUGUACUGGGCCAGUCUCGUGCCCAACUAUGUUGUAACGAUUCUCACUGGUGUUUUAGCCUUCAAAGUGGCGGGAGGUACCAGCAAUAGCUUUAAAAGAUUUCUAAUGUGUCGAUAAAUAGUCGAUUAGCUAGAAUGUAUUAUGAAUCUAGUGAUUUAAAACCUGUAAAGAUAUUAUCCUAACUUUAA